AUGGCUGUGUGGAUUCGAAAGAAAGAUCUAGCUCCUUAUGAAACGAUUGAAUUAAUUAUAAGUGUUAUUAUUCCAAUGUUUCUAAUUGUGAUUGGUACUUUCGGUAAUCUUAUAUCUAUUAUCGUUCUAUUCAAUAAAGAAAAUCGUCGAACAUCGACCAGUAUCUAUUUAAUAUUUUUAUGUCUUAUGGAUACAAUAUCACUUUAUCAAUGGAAUCUAAGUCGUGCAACUUAUACAUUCACAAAUGGCAAAUCAAUAUGGGAUGAAUCAUUAGUGAUGUGUAAAUUGAGUCAAUUUUUUGCUUUUUAUACUUUACAUACAUCAGCCAUAUUUCUUACUUUUGUUGAGCUUGAUCGAGCUUGUUUAUUAAGAAGAUUUCAACAAAUAAUACGUCGAUUCGUCUUAAAAUGCCUUGGUAAACUAUCAAAUCAAGUUAAUCCAGGAAAUCAGACACAAACAAGAAAUGAUGUGAUGAUAAUAACAGUCAAUGAAAGACAAUUACGAACGGAAAAUAAGACUGUUCUAAAAUAA